CCCCAGACUGUACUUUAACAACAAAACAAAACAAAAAUCUCCAUUCAAUCCCCUCUGUCAUCUCUUCUUUUUCUCUCCCCCCUGUUCUCUGCGUCGCCGGUCCACCUGAUACCAUGGACGACUCACCAAUCAACCGUCUACCACAAGACACACUCCACCAGAUUUUCUCAUCUCUCCCACUUCGUCAAAUCAUGAUUUGCAGAUCCGUCUGUAAGUUCUUCAAUCAAAUGUUGACCUCACCAUCCUUCGUGGACCUAAUUUCCACCCAGCCCCCGCUGCGCUUCCUCGCUCUCCGCCCUCCACAUCACCACCACCACCACCACCUCCACCAUCAAAGACAAAACAGUCACGUCUCCUCUGUACCUUAUCUCCACGUGUUCGAUCCAGACCAGAAUCAAUGGCUCAGGUUCAGUCUCAGCUUUUUACCUUUCAGGUCACCUCACCCGGUGGCGUCAGCGAGUGGACUCAUUUACCUCUGGGGUGAAUCACCCACCUCGAUCGAGUCGAACAGGUCACUCGUUGUCUGUAACCCCUUGACCCGCCAAUUUCAGGUGCUCCCUCAACUUGGCUCGGCCUGGUCACGACACGGAUCUGUCCUGGUUGACUCUGUUAACCACCGAGUCAUGGUAUUAACUGAACUCGCUGCUUUAUAUUUCUCAAAUACAAACAAGACAAACUCGUGGUUAACUUUCUCCGCGAAUUUACCAUCAAAACCCAGAAGCCCAAUUCUAAUAUCGGACUCUGUUUUCGCUUUAUGCGAUGUUGGGUCUCCAUGGAGAUCUCAAUGGAAGCUUUUUACAUGUAUACUGUCGAAACUUAAUAACAAUUAUAACAACUGGGUUUGUUUAGAAAGGCAAGAAUGGGGAGAUAUUUUUGAUAUUAUAAAACGACCACGUUUGGUUCGAGGAAAGGGGAAUAAAUUGUUGAUGAUUGGAGGGUUAAAGUCGAAUUUCUCGUUGAAUACAUCGUGUUCGACGAUUUUGAUACUGAGGCUGGAUUUAGAGAGAUUGGAAUGGGAGGAGGCAGGGAGAAUGCCGGUGGACAUGUAUAGGAGUUUCCAGGAAUCGAGUAAGUUGAAGGUUUUUGGUGGCGGGGAUAGGGUUUGUUUCUCGGCCAAGAGAAUGAGGAAAUUGGCUUUGUGGGAUGAUUGUGAUGGUGUUGUUUGGAGGUGGAUUGAAGGAGUGCCUGUAGGUGGAGAUGGGCUUUGUAGAGGGUUUGUGUUUGAGGCUGGUCGUACUGCAUUGCCUUGAACUGAUACAGGGAUUGGCUAAAUGAUCAUCGUGUUUGUAAGUAAACAGUGUGUAUUACGUUCACUUCAUUUUUAUUUACGAGAGGACAGCAAUGGGCAUGUGAAUCCCUGACCAGUAUUCACUCUUGUUAUGACUUAAUUGCGGUUGCAAACAUACUUCAAGGCAAGAAGAUAUGUUUCCAGGAGUAAAUCUUCUGAAUUUUAAAUUUCAACGAGUGUAAAGAAUGGAUCCAAGGAAGGUUUGUCGGAGAAGAUUUCUGCCUGCAAAAAGUUUUCUUCGGUUGAUUCACCUGUUUCUUGAGAACUCUAUAUGUGGUUGAAUCAUGGGGAGAUGAGGUUCCAAUUACAGCCACAGCUGUUUUCAACCUAGGAUGAUCUUAAGGUCCUUGUUUUCCUAAAUUUUAACCAAUCCCUCCUGCUACAACUCGAAGGAGUUGAACGACCCAUCUCUUGUUUCAGUUUAGUGGCAUUCACAAUGAUUCUCGUUUAUUGUCCGGCCAGAAAUAAACCCUUUAAAUUUAUCCCUUUUCUAUUUAGAAAAAAAAGAAAAGAUUUCUUAUAUUGGACAAGUGCAAUGCAUCUGGUUGGUUGUGGAUUAUGAUGGUGGCUAUACAACUUGCAUUUGUCUUUACUUUGAUUAUUUAUGAACUCAAAGCCUGUACCUAAUGCCUAAUUAUUGACCUUUUGUUAAA